GUGGUCAGCCGUUCCGCCGGGUCCCCAUCUUCUGCGCUUGCCGCCUCCAGCACCCAAUCCCAUCGCAAUGGGGCUCCUGGACUCGGAGCCGGGCAGUGUCCUGAACGCGAUGUCCACGGCACUCAACGACACCAUGGAGUUCUACCGCUGGACAUGGACCAUUGCAGAUAAACGUGUAGAAAACUGGCCUUUGAUGCAGUCCCCUUGGCCCACACUGAGUAUCAGUACUCUGUACCUUCUGUUCGUGUGGCUGGGGCCGAAGUGGAUGAAGAACCGAGAACCUUUUCAGAUGCGCUUGGUUCUCAUUCUCUAUAAUUUUGGCAUGGUCUUGCUUAAUCUCUUUAUCUUCAGAGAGUUAUUCAUGGGAUCAUAUAAUGCAGGAUAUAGCUAUGUUUGCCAGAGUGUGGAUUAUUCUGAUAAUGUUCAUGAAGUCAGGAUAGCUGCUGCUCUGUGGUGGUACUUUGUUUCUAAAGGAGUUGAAUAUUUAGACACAGUAUUUUUUAUCCUAAGGAAGAAAAACAACCAAGUCUCUUUCCUUCACGUGUAUCAUCAUUGUACAAUGUUUACAUUGUGGUGGAUUGGAAUUAAGUGGGUGGCAGGGGGACAAGCAUUUUUUGGAGCCCAGAUGAAUUCCUUCAUCCAUGUGAUUAUGUACUCUUACUAUGGCUUAACUGCGUUUGGCCCAUGGAUUCAGAAGUAUCUUUGGUGGAAACGAUACCUGACCAUGUUGCAGCUGGUUCAGUUCCACGUGACCAUUGGACACACAGCGUUGUCUCUUUGGACUGACUGCCCAUUCCCCAAAUGGAUGCACUGGGCCCUGAUUGUCUACGCCAUCAGCUUCAUAUUCCUCUUUCUUAACUUCUAUGUGCGGACAUACAACGUGCCUAAGAAAUCAAAAACUGGAAAAACAGCUGUGAAUGGUGUUUCUGCAAAUGGUGUGAACAAAUCAGAAAAACAGCUAGUUCUAGAAAAUGGAAAAAAGCAGAAAAAUGGAAAAGCAAAAGGAGAGUAA